CGAGUGCAAAAACUGCUGGUCCCGCCACUUGAAAAUGCCUUUGUUCCAAAACUGACAGAUGUCAACUGUCAGUUAAAAAUUGAAAAUUGACUGAUCCGAAGGAAUCAAGCAAUCAGUUAAUAAAAGUAAUAAAAAUAUCAAAUUUCUUUUAACUUUUUUCAAAGUCAGAACGUAACGGUAUUAAAACUAAGAUAUUUUUGCAAUCAUCGAAGGUAAUUCAUAAAAAUGCCUGGAGAAAUUCUUCAAAUCGGACUCAGUAUCAACAUUAAAAGAACGGAUGGAAGGGUACACUCAGCUAUUGUUGCCUCAAUCAAUGAAGCUCAGAGGUGUGCUACAGUGGAAUGGUUUGAACAAGGUGAAACAAAAGGAAAAGAGGUGGAUAUGGAUGCUAUAGAGAGUCUUAAUCCAGAUGUAAUUAUUUUAAAACCUGGAGAAGAUUUAAAAUUUAAUAAACUCCAAAGGAACCCAACACAAAGACAGGUGGUUGGAACAAGUAAUGGAGUUUCCAGUGUGCCCAGAUCUGCAUCAACUCAAUCAAGAAUUACAAGCAAUAAUGGACACCAUAUUAGCUCCAUAGCAGACUCCACCCUUAUUCCAGUACCCCAAGUUCCAAAUAUUCCGCAACCUGUACCUAAUUCUGGUGCAAGGGAAAUCACUAGUAUUACCGGAAGAGCUACAAAUAUCCAAGCUAAUUCCCGACGAAGUAAUGUGGUUAAAGAAGUAGAAAAGUUAAAGAAAAAUCGGGAGGAGAGGCGCCAACGGCAGGCGGAAGAGAAGGAAGCUAAAGAGGCCUUUCUAAAAAUGGAUCCCGGAAAUCCGCAUUGGGAACUUUUAAAUAUGAUAAUGGAAUAUCGAAGAGGUCUCGAUAUUAGGCCUUUAUCGGAAAACGAUCCAAUCGAAGAUCACCUUAUAACAGUGUGUGUGCGAAAGCGACCUUUGAACAAAAAAGAAAUGGGUAGAAAGGAAGUUGAUGUGAUAACAAUACCAAGUAAAAAUCAACUGAUUGUUCAUGAGCCGAAGAACAAGGUAGACCUAACGAGAUAUUUAGAAAAUCAACUGUUUAGGUUUGAUUAUGCCUUCGACGAGAACAGCUCGAAUGAGUUGGUAUAUAGGUAUACAGCGCAGCCGUUGAUUAAAACGAUAUUUGAAGGUGGUUUCGCCACUUGUUUUGCAUAUGGGCAAACAGGUUCAGGUAAAACACACACGAUGGGAGGCGAUUUUAAAGGAAAAGAUCAGGAGUGUCAAAAGGGAAUUUAUGCGAUGGCGGCCGCUGAUGUAUUCCGGUUGGCCAACUCGUCAAGAUAUAGAGAUUUAAAUUUAGUGGUAUCUUCUAGUUUUUUUGAAAUUUAUUCGGGCAAAGUGUUCGAUCUGUUAAACAACAAGGCGAAAUUGAGGAUUUUAGAGGAUGGCAAGCAGCAGGUACAAGUUGUCGGUUUGACAGAACGAGUUGUCUCCUCGACCGAUGAGGUAUUGAAAUUAAUUCAAAAAGGGAAUCAAGCCCGAACGUCUGGCCAAACGUUUGCGAACACGAAUUCGUCGAGGUCCCAUGCAGUAUUCCAGAUAUUUUUAAGAUCAAACAAAAGUAUGUCCAAGAUACAUGGCAAGUUCUCUCUUAUUGAUUUGGCAGGUAACGAGAGAGGCGCCGAUACGUCUUCAGCAAAUCGACAAACAAGAAUGGAAGGCGCUGAAAUAAAUAAAUCUUUACUAGCGCUAAAAGAGUGCAUUCGUGCGCUGGGUCGCAAGGGCGCUCAUUUACCAUUUCGAGUAAGCAAAUUAACUCAGGUUUUGCGGGAUUCCUUUGUUGGAUCGAAUUCUCGGACAUGCAUGAUUGCCAUGAUUUCACCCGGAGUGAGUUCAUGUGAAUACAGUUUAAAUACGCUCAGAUAUGCAGACCGUGUUAAAGAACUCGGAGGCGGCGAUUUACCAACGAAUAUGGGUUCUGAACCCGAACAAGAUGAUGAUGGGGAUAUUUCACAGUUACGAUCUUUUAAUGAAGCAGAUAUGACACCGGAAAUGUUAAAUUUUCAUCAAGUUAUAUCGGAGCUGCAAGUUGCUGAAGAUAAUAUGUUAGAUAAUCAUAAACAGACCAUCGAAAAUAUGCAAGUUGCGUAUCACAAAGCUGUUGAGUUAUUGCAGACCACGGAAGCAGUCGACUAUGACCAAGAAGCUUACUGUCGAAAUUGGGAUGAUUUGCUCAGCACUAUGAUAAAUGCAUUUUCAAGAGCAAAGGAGCAUGUAGAUGAUUAUAAAAACAAAUUGGCAGCGGAGGAACAGCUAAGCCGUAAGAACAAUAAAAAGAAAUAGAACAUGUUAUACAAAAUAUAAUAUUUUAAUGUUAAGAAAAAGAUCGCUUAUACUCUAAUUUGUUCACUUGUUAUUUAUAAUUUUUAUACAAUUUUUUAUUUACUAAUUUAUUAAAAUAUUUAGCCUAAUAAUGCGGCCUUAACUUAUACGCUUUUAAUCCAAAAAUCACUAAACACAACAAUUUACAUUCCUAUGAAUAUAAACGAAUAUAGAGAAUUUGCGUUUAGACUUCUUGGCUAGCGUUAAAGUAGUUUAUUUGAGCAUUAAAUUUACGGUGCUUUAACUUUAUUUGGAUUUAUUACUGACUUUUUAUUGUUUCUCGAGUCUUAGACUCUCGCGCUAGUCCUUUAAUGGAUCUGAACAUCUGUUUGUUUAAAAAAAAACAUUUAAUUUUGUCCUUAAUUCAACCAAAAAAAGCGAAAGUUAAAGGCAUUUUUUUUAAAUGUGUUAAAUAUUAUAAAAUGAAUUUCUUAAUUUUGUAUGUUAACCGGUCAUAUUAUGUAAUAAAUAUAUUAUUAUGUAUUA